AUGGCCACUAAGGACCAAAGUACACCAGUCCUUGAAAAAUUUGACGGACACUCAAACGCUAAAAUUUGGUUUGGAAAAUUUGAGAAAAUUUCUAGAAUAAAAAAAUGGAAGGAUGAAGAGAAAGCUGUUCAGCUGUGCCUAUAUCUAAAGGGAACAGCUGAACAAUGGUUGUAUACACUGGAUGAAGCUGUUCAGGACAAUUAUGAGCUUCUUGGAAAUAAAUUCAAGGAACGUUUCUUCCCUAAGGAGGCGGAACGCCCAAUGAAGGUACAAAGAUUCCUGAGCUUAAAACAGGAAGGACAAGAUGUGGUUGCCUAUGUAGACUUGGUUCAGGCCCUGGGAAAAGAUCUACAAAGGAAGGAGGAGGAAAUACUGGACAUCGUCAUCAAUGGAUUAGAUGACCAUGUCAAGGCCUUUGUUCUGGGGAAGGAGGCCAGAACAAUAGAAGAUGUUAUAAAGUAUGGGACAAUGGCAGGAGCACUAAGUAGCCAGUGUUAUAAAAAGGAGGAUGCUGGCACCAUUGAAGCCCUAAAACAGGAACUGGCUGCUCUCAGACAGGAGCAUGAAUUAAACAAAAAGUUACUGGAUGGACUCAAACCUGUGAACAGUGUACAAAGGGACAGGAAGCAGGACAGUAAGGAAAGGGAACAAUGUUGCCAUUGUGGUGAGUACUGGCAUGUUGCGAAAAGAUGUAGGUUCCAAAAUGCUGUAUGUUAUAACUGUGGUAGGAAGGGUCACAUCAAAGCCAUUUGUAGAAGCUUACGUAGGAAAAACCAGAAACAAAAUAUGAACAAAUAG